UGAAGAAUGCUUGUCGUCAACAGCUGCUGGGUUUCGUUUCGCAUCAGCUGGAGCUGUUGGCGGGUGACGAGAAGAAUCCACAAGGCUGUUCAUCAGUUCUUCUGCAGCUAAUGGGUGUUAAAACUGUCGGUAUGGCCACGGCGCAGUCGACGCUGCUCCUCGCAGUUCACAUUCUUCUCAUCUCGGAGUUCAUCCUGGCUAAGAGAGACUACUACGAGAUCCUGGGGGUGCCCAGAGAUGCCGCGGAGCGCCAGAUCAAGAAGGCUUUCCAUAAACUGGCUCUGAAGUAUCACCCUGACAGAAACAAGGGCGCAGGCGCAGAGGCGAAGUUCAGAGAAAUAGCAGAAGCUUAUGAAACGUUAUCGGAUGAUAAGAGGCGGCGAGAGUAUGACCAGUUUGGCCACUCUGCCUCAUCGGGAGAAGCUUACCAAGGAGGUAGAGGAAGUAGAGCAGGCGGCAGCGGCGACGACUACAACUUCAGGCAGCACUACCAGUCCUUCAACUUCAAUUUCAAUGACAUCUUCAAAGACUUUGACCCGUUCGGUCAACAACACCAGCACCACUUCCACUCGCAUCAUCAGUCGCACCAAAAGAGACACUUUGACAGCCACUUCCAGGCUCACAAGGAGGCGAUGAACCGGCAGCGGAGAAGCUUCCAGCAGGGGAGCUUCGGCGGAGGAAUGUUCGACGACAUGUUCGAGGACUUGGAGAAAAUGUUCUCCUUCAACACCCACACUUCCAGGACCGAGAGCAGAUUUCAAGGCUCGGCGAAGCAGCACUGCAGGACGGUGACUCAGCGCAGGGGGAACAUGGUGACCACCUUCACCGACUGCUCCUGAGACGAGAUGAAGGAUUUAAAAGAAAAAAAAAAAAUGUUGGGACGCUGCACAAUUUUUAGUUGCGGUGUUGAAAUCGAAUUGAAUGCUAAUUUAUCACUUGGUGUGGCUUUUGUAACUCUUAGUGUUUUUUUCCCAGCAAAUAUCCAAGCUGGUCAAAUUAGUGGCUAUUCUGAAGCAAUAACAAAUCCACCUUUUUGAUUAUAGCACGGGAAUAAGUCUUAGGACCAUUCAAAAACCUCCCCUUUAUUCAGCUUUCCUUGUUUGUUGUGUUUGUUUCGGUUUAUUAUGACUGUACGGUUCCGACACUCAGGUACGGCCUACGUUUAAACAAUAAAAGCUUGUUUUCCGUCGAGGGCAGGAAGGCAAUAAGAGUUCUCGAAGGCAAUCUUUGAUUCAGCAGCUAAUCAGGCCACUUUGCUUUCUAACUUUGAAACGACAACAAAUUUCUCUUCCAGGAAAUGUAGCUGGAAUGCGUGCAGGCUGGCCGUCGUCAACAGUUACCUCAUUUGAAGUUUAAGUUUCUUCCUGCAGAGAUGCAUCUCCUAUCACUCAGUCAGGGUCAGGAAUUAACAUCAGUCCCACAAUAAAUCCUGUGAAACGGAGACGCAGACAAUUUAUUGCUUCGUCCGCUCGUUUUUCAGUCAAGCUGGAUGGUCUGACAGGUUAAGUUUCCCAAACUGAUAAGAAUGUGCAAUACUUGGCACCUUUGCUCUUCAUGUUGCCUAUGAUUCAAAGACGGUGCCCUGCAAAUGUCAUUGUCUUACAUCUGCACUGUGUGUAUGUGUGUGUGUGUGUGGUAAGUGUGUGUGUUGACUGCAAAAUGUUUGGAAAGAAAUUAAAACAUGAAAGAUCAAA